GAAACCAAUCAGAUGGAGAGCCCCCUCGGCUCGGGCUGCCUGCAUGCUGGAGUUAAAAAGUGCUGCCGGCCGAGCGGCAGCCCCAGAGAGAGGCGGGCGGGCUGAGCGCCGCCGAGCAGGGGCCGGGGAGCCGCCGCCGCUGCGUGCCGAGAUCCUUUGAGACUGCAAAAACUAUUUAAAGAAGGAAGACGGCAUGAGAUUGGAUUCAGUGCAGUAAAGUAGGUUAGUUUGAGGACAAGAAAAAAGUUGCUGUUUAGAUCUUCUCGUGUUGCCGUGAUGAGAACUUACCAUUGCUUCUGGCUGCUGUUUUGGGCUGGUCAGCCCCACCAAAGUUUCUUAACUUCGUUGUCCAAAAGGACUAGUGGCUUUCCAGACAAGGGAAAGGUUUUGGUAUUGUCUGGAAACAGCAGGAGAGAACUCAGUCGUUCCAAAAGGAGCUGGAUGUGGAAUCAGUUCUUUUUAUUGGAGGAAUACACAGGAACUGACUACCAAUACGUUGGCAAGCUGCAUUCAGACCAGGAUAAAGGAGAUGGAUCACUUAAGUACAUCCUUUCUGGAGAUGGAGCAGGAGACCUCUUCAUUAUCAAUGAAAACACUGGUGACAUCCAGGCCACAAAGAGACUAGACAGGGAAGAAAAGCCUGUAUACAUACUUCGUGCCCAGGCUAUAAACAGAAGGACUGGAAGACCAGUGGAACCAGAAUCUGAGUUCAUCAUUAAGAUCCAUGAUAUCAAUGACAAUGAGCCAAUGUUUACAAAGGACGUUUACAAUGCCAGCAUUCCUGAAAUGUCAGAUGUUGGUACCUUUGUUGUGCAAGUCACUGCAACUGAUGCCGAUGAUCCUACAUAUGGGAACAGUGCUAAAGUUGUCUACAGCAUUCUCCAGGGACAACCAUAUUUCUCUGUUGAAUCUGAGACAGGCAUUAUUAAAACUGCUUUGCUAAACAUGGACCGUGAAAACAGGGAGCAAUAUCAAGUGGUCAUCCAGGCUAAGGACAUGGGAGGCCAGAUGGGUGGAUUAUCAGGAACCACCACCGUGAACAUCACACUGACCGACGUAAACGACAAUCCUCCCCGGUUCCCUCAGAGCACAUAUCAAUUUAGAGCUCCUGAGUCUACGCCACCUGACUCACCAAUCGGCAGGAUAAAAGCUAAUGAUGCAGAUGUGGAUGAAAAUGCAGAGAUUGAAUACAGCAUCACUGAAGGGGAUGGAUAUGACAUGUUUGGAAUUGCCACAGACAAGGACACACAGGAAGGAAUUAUAACCGUCAAAAAGGCACUGGAUUUUGAAAAUAAAAACUUGUAUAUUCUGAAAGUGGAAGCUACCAAUACUUAUGUGGACCCUCGAUUCCUCUACUUGGGGCCAUUCAAGGACUCAGCUACAGUCAGAAUUCAAGUGGAGGAUGUAGAUGAACCGCCCGUGUUCAGCAGACCAGCGUAUAUAAUUGAAGUGAAAGAAGAUGUUCCAAUAAACAGUGUCAUAGGAACAGUAACAGCUCAAGAUCCAGAUGCUGCCAAGAACCCUGUCAAAUAUUCUGUAGAUCGGCACACUGAUAUGGACAGAGUAUUCAACAUCAAUUCAGGAAACGGUUCGAUAUUUACUUCAAAACCCCUUGACCGGGAAACACUGCUAUGGCACAACAUUACAGUAAUAGCAGCAGAGAUCAACAACCCAAAACAAAGCAGCCGUGUCCCAGUGUUCAUUAAGGUUUUGGAUGUAAAUGACAAUGCUCCAGAGUUUGCCAUGUUUUAUGAGACCUUCGUCUGUGAAAAUGCAAAGGCAGAACAGCUGAUACAAACAUUAAGUGCUGUUGAUAAAGAUGACUCUUACAGUGGACACCAGUUUUCAUUCUCCUUAGCUCCUGAGGCAGCCAGCAGCUCAAACUUUACACUCCAGGACAACAGAGACAACACAGCAGGGAUUUUCACCCGAAAAACCAGAUACAACCGGCAUGAAAUGAGUACCUACCUCUUGCCAGUGGUAAUAUCAGACAAUGACUACCCUAUCCAGAGCAGCACUGAAACAGUGACUAUUCGAGUAUGUGCUUGUGACCAUCGAGGAAAAAUGCUGUCCUGUAAUGCAGAAGCCUUGAUUCAUCCUACUGGUCUUAGCACAGGGGCUCUUAUUGCCAUUCUUCUCUGUAUCAUUAUAUUACUUGUUACAGUGGUGCUGUUUGCAGCACUGAGACGGCAGCGGAAAAAAGAGCCUUUGAUUAUUUCCAAAGAAGACAUCAGAGACAACAUUGUCAGUUAUAAUGAUGAAGGUGGUGGAGAGGAAGACACCCAGGCAUUUGAUAUUGGCACGCUGAGGAAUCCCGAAGCCAUAGACGAUAAUAAAUUGCGCAGAGACAUCGUGCCAGAAACGCUUUUUAUGCCACGGCGGACUGCGACAGCACGGGAUAACACGGAUGUCAGAGAUUUCAUUAACCAAAGGUUAAAGGAAAAUGAUACAGAUCCAGCGGCCCCCCCGUAUGACUCGUUAGCAACCUACGCAUACGAAGGUAAUGGUUCUGUGGCAGAGUCCCUCAGCUCCUUGGAGUCGGUGACCACGGACGGAGAUCAGGACUACGAUUACCUCAGUGACUGGGGGCCACGGUUUAAAAAGCUGGCAGAUAUGUAUGGCACGAUGGACAGUGACAAAGACUCUUAAUAUGUUGCCUUUUUUUUUUUUUUUUUCUCUCCCUCAUUUUCAGAAACAGCAUUGAGAUAUGUGAAGUGGCUAUUUCUUUCUAUUUCUCCACAGCUCUGUGAAAGGGUUCUCUCUCCGACCGGUUCCAGUUGUCUAAUGACUGCAGUCUGUGCGGAUCAGCUGUCAGAAAACUUUUUCUAAUAUCAUUUUAUGAGCUUCCAAGAGGCAAACUUCUUAUUUUUUAGUGCAUCCGGUUUACUAAGCCAACCUUACAGGCACAGCAGUAGUGAAAGGGAAAAAAAAGAUCAGAUGGGGAGCAAUAUUUUUACUUGUUCUGCUUAUAUUGUAAAUUGGAGUAUAUUACUGUUUAAGCUCACUUGCUCUUUUUACUUGUAUUCAGAUUAUUCAGCUCAGACGACUGCUCUGUCGAUUGUGUAUUGCACAUCCCAAUGUAAUGAGGUACCCUAGUUUAACCUAUGUAUUAUAGUCAAAAGUAGUGGUGAUGGAAUGAAGGUUUAUUAUACAAGUAGAGUCAGCUGAGAAAAAAA